AUGACUUUGGAAAAGCAGUGCACAGGAGAGUUUGCUAGGUGGAAUGUCACCAGGUCAGGCAGGACGAAUUUGGAUGGAACCAGCCAACUGAGCUAUUCUGAGAUUCUGUCUUGUGAAGAUCAUCCCAUCUCGACCCUUUCCCAAUCCUCAUGUGAAAGAGGAGAUGCCAGGUACCAUGUCGCAUCUCAUCAAGAGGCCAGUGCAGUCCAAAGCCCCAGUCAUCAGUCCCCAGACGGGGGCUUGGAGGAGGAGGCAACUUUCAAGACUCGUGGAUUUGAAGAUUCCUAUGUCACUGAUAGCUCCUCUGUGUGGAGUCCAGAGGAACCAGAUGGGACCAAUUUGCAGGUGCCCUCCAGGAUCUUGGAGCCAAUCUCAAAGUGUGGAGACCUAGAGGUGGUCUUUGAAUAUAGAGCUACGACCCAGAAGCUCACAGUGACCGUCGUGAGGGCGCAGGGCCUCCCUGAUAAGGAUCGAAGUGGUGUCAACAGUUGGCAAGUUCAUGUAGUGCUGCUGCCUAGUAAGAAACAGAGGGGCAAGACAAGCAUACAAAGAGGGCCCAACCCUGUCUUCAAGGAUAAGGUUACUUUUUCCAAGCUGGAGCACAGAGAUGUAGCUGCCUGCGCUGUUCGCUUUCGCCUGUACGCUGCCCGUAAGAUGACCCGGGAGCGAAUGCUGGGAGAGAAGCUCUUCUACCUCAGCCACCUGCACCCAGAAGGGGAAAUGAAAGUGACUCUGGUCCUGGAGCCAAGGAGUAACCUAAGUAGUGGAGAGUCUCCGCUCAGCCCAUCUGCGGUUUCUCACAGUGACAGUGCUUCAUCUACGCAGUCAUUGUCACAUGGAGGGGCGCCAGAGAUCUUGGUGGGGCUGUCCUACAAUGCCACAACGGGCCGAUUAUCUGUGGAAAUGAUCAAAGGGAGCCAUUUCCGAAACCUCGCAGUUAACCGAGUGCCCGAUACAUAUGGAAAACUCUUCCUCCUCAAUUCUGUGGGUCAAGAGAUGUCCCGUUGCAAGACAUCCCUGCGACGUGGUCAGCCCAAUCCUGUGUAUAAGGAGACCUUUGUUUUCCAGGUGGCCCUUUUCCAGCUCUCUGAUGUCACACUGAUGAUUUCUAUUUAUAACAGGCGUACUAUGAAGCGUAAGGAAAUGAUUGGCUGGAUUGCUUUGGGUCAGAACAGCAGUGGAGAGGAGGAGCAAGAUCACUGGGAAGAGAUGAAGGAAAUCAAGGGCCAGCAGGUGUGCAGAUGGCACACGCUGCUGGAAUCCUAGAUGGGUCCAUUUGCGUUUAUGUGCUCUGGAUUCGCUGGUCACCAGUAUUCCUGGUUGUGGACAUGAAGUCAGUGUACCCAAGCUAGCUUCUCAGGCUUUCAAAUAGCGAUUUCACUAACCCUAAAACCUUCUGAGUGGGAGCUGGGGUUUCUACACUUGGAUUUAGAUUUAAAUAGUAUAGUACAAAGCUACAAUACCCAGCUAAGUGUACAGCAUGGAAAAUGUUGCCAUAGUUGAGCCCAUUGGUGAUGAGUUAAUUUGUGCUAAUAGAUUAUUGAGUCUGGGUUUGCACUAUGGGAUGAAGCUUCUGCUGUCCUGUUUCUCGAACAAUAACUUGAGAUUUCAAGGGAGCUGUUAAAUGUUACCAUUUGCAAUCACUUAGGUAUAUGCCGGAAUUUUUUCAGUGCAAAAAUUUCCAAAGUACAAAGAUGAAUCAGAUGCUAAGGCUCAUAGAAAAAUGCAACUGUAAUCUAAUUUCACCUUUUUCUCUCUGUCAAAAGCCUAU